AUGCGUUUAAAAAUUUCUGUUACUUUAGUCCCUUGGCAGUUGGUGGAGAUUUUACUGGCCCACUAUACCAUCAAUUCAAACAACUACUAUGGCUGUGUUAAUACGCCUACAAGUCUGAAUACAUAUGGGUUUGUCGUGGGAGGAAGUGUUAAUACAGUCGAUACCCAUGUUCACGGCUCUGUGUAUCUUGGGAAAGGAGGAACUGUGAAUCAGGUCCAACAACUGAACCAAGCUUGCGCUUUUGUUGUCGGUGAAGGGACUGGAGAAGUUAAUUUUUAUGAUAUUGGUAUUGGUGCAGUAUAUUCGAAUUAUGUAUUGUCCCUUACGCGACCCACCAUGAUACUCCACUCAAAUGGUGAUUUGACCAAAAUUAUAUCUAGCUCGGGAAAUUCUACACAAUUCAAUGUUUUGACGUUCAAUGUUUGCAGCAACAAAAACUGUAUUAUAUGGAAUGGGCUUCUUUCCUACCCUAAUUCAAUGCUUCAAGGUCAAGGGAACUGGAAUGGUCCCCAAAUACUACCUUGGCCCCCAUCUGGGAUAACAGUCUUCAAUGUUCAUAUUGCUAGUGGAUCCACUUUUAGGCUUUCUAGAAAUAUUCCUACCAUUGGUCUCGAUCCCUGCCGUACAUUAUUUAACUUCUAUCCGGUCAAAGAUGACGGUAGUUAUGAUGCAGUUGGAACAUUCACCCUAGUUCGUGAGACGGGUGGUCCAUUUGGUGGUCUGACUCUUGCUCCUCUGGACGGUACCAGUGUAGCUAUUACUACAUUUCCAGCUUUUACCAGUACCCCCACAAAUACACACACACCUACAGUAACUGUUUCAGUGACCGUUACUGAAACAGAUAGAAGCAUAUGUUUCCCAACUCCAACACCUACAAUAGACGGAGGAGAUGGUACAUGUAUCGCCAAAAAGUGUGCCUCUCAUGGACCAUGCGCUUUCGACCGAGACAGUCCUGAGUGUGCUUAUUUUAAACUCGGAUGUCUACACAGUUAUAUGAACAAGAAUACCCAUCGUUCUAAGCCUAGACCCAAAGCAAUGUACACUCCCGAUAAAAGCCCCAAGGGUUACAGAAUUAAACAAUGUGUAGCCCGUAAGCAUGGGCAUUUGCAACCGAAACAGGCGCCGAAAUGUAAACAAAAAAACAAGGAAUACUUUUGA